AGUUAAAUCCACAGCGCAGUUUUUGUUGGAAGCGCCCGGAGGACAUUUGGUGCGCCUAGUGACUGCUGGAAACAGGACCUGGGUUGAAAGCCGGCCGGGCGGGGGCCGGGGGCGGCCGCGGCGGGGGCGGAGGCCCACUCCGAUCUUUUGCAUAAAAGGGGCAGCGGGGCGCACGACCCCCCCACCCCCCCGGCGCAGAGCUCGCUCUCGCCUCGGGAUCGUUAUUUUCCGCGCACCCCUCCUCCGCCUCCGCGAGACUCCUCAUGUUCCCCACGCCCGGGGGGGCCCGGGGGGGCCCCGGGGCAGCCUCUGCGAGUCCAGCGGGGGACCCGGGCAGGAGCCCUGCCCGCGGCGCCUGCGAGGUCUCCGCAAGGAGUGCGCCAGCGGAUCAAUGAGAGGAGGCUCACAUGAGCCCCUGCUGACUUACGAGAGACCAAGCCGAUUGCUGAGAGGAACUGGAAGAAAAAAAGGAGGAGGAAAAAAAGCAAAACAAAACCCCAACUCAGCGAGACGCUCUCCCUCACCAUGAGCAGCGCUGUGUUAGUGACUCUCCUGCCCGAUCCCAGCAGCAGCUUCCGCGAGGAUGCUCCACGGCCCCCAGUUCCGGGAGAAGAAGGGGACACCCCACCCUGUCAGUCUGGUGUGGGCAAGGUCCAGUCCACCAAACCGAUGCCUGUCUCCUCUAAUGCUAGGCGGAAUGAAGAUGGGCUGGGGGAGCCCGAGGGGCGGGCCUCCCCAGAUUCCCCGUUGACCAGGUGGACCAAGUCUUUGCACUCCCUGCUGGGGGACCAGGAUGGUGCAUACCUCUUCCGGACUUUCCUGGAGAGGGAGAAAUGUGUGGAUACCCUGGACUUCUGGUUUGCCUGUAAUGGGUUCAGGCAGAUGAACUUGAAGGAUACCAAAACUUUGCGAGUGGCCAAAGCAAUCUAUAAGAGGUACAUUGAGAACAACAGCGUUGUCUCCAAACAGCUGAAACCCGCCACCAAGACCUACAUACGAGAUGGCAUCAAGAAGCAACAGAUUGGCUCCGUCAUGUUUGACCAGGCGCAGACCGAGAUCCAGGCGGUGAUGGAGGAAAAUGCCUACCAGGUGUUCUUGACUUCUGACAUAUACCUCGAAUAUGUGAGGAGUGGAGGAGAGAACACAGCUUACAUGAGUAAUGGGGGGCUGGGGAGCCUAAAGGUCUUAUGUGGCUACCUCCCCACCUUGAAUGAAGAAGAGGAGUGGACGUGUGCCGACCUGAAGUGCAAGCUCUCACCCACCGUCGUCGGCUUGUCCAGCAAAACUCUUCGGGCCACAGCGAGUGUGAGAUCCUCAGAAAUGGCUGAAAACGGAUUCAGGUCUUUCAAGAGAAGCGACCCAGCUAACCCUUAUCACGUAGGUUCCGGCUAUGUCUUUGCACCAGCCACCAGCGCCAAUGACAGCGAGUUGUCCAGCGACGCGCUGACCGACGACUCUAUGUCCAUGACGGACAGUAGCGUAGAUGGAAUCCCACCUUACCGCAUGGGGAGUAAGAAACAGCUCCAGAGAGAGGUGCACCGCAGCGUGAAGGCCAACGGCCAAGUGCCUCUACCUCAUUUUCCGAGAACCCACCGCCUGCCCAAGGAGAUGGCGCCUGUGGAACCUGCUGCCUUCGCCGCCGAGCUCAUCUCCAGGCUGGAGAAGCUGAAACUGGAGCUGGAAAGUCGCCACAGCCUGGAGGAGCGGCUGCAGCAGAUCCGGGAGGAUGAAGAAAAGGAGGGGUCUGAGCAGGCCCUGAGCUCGCGGGAUGGAGCGCCUGUCCAGCACCCCCUGGCCCUCCUACCCUCCGGCAGCUACGAAGAGGACCCACAGACCAUUUUGGACGACCACCUGUCCAGGGUCCUCAAGACCCCCGGCUGCCAGUCCCCUGGUGUGGGCCGCUACAGCCCGCGCUCCCGCUCCCCGGACCACCACCACCAUCACCACCACCACCAGCAGUGUCACACCCUUCUUCCAACCGGCGGCAAGCUGCCCCCCGUGGCCGCUUGCCCACUCGUGGGAGGCAAGAGCUUCCUGACCAAACAGACGACGAAGCACGUUCACCACCACUACAUCCACCACCAUGCCGUCCCCAAGACCAAGGAGGAGAUCGAGGCAGAAGCCACACAGAGAGUGCGCUGCCUCUGUCCCGGAGGCACGGAUUAUUACUGCUACUCCAAAUGCAAGAGCCACCCGAAGGUUCCAGAGCCCCUGCCCGGGGAGCAGUUCUGUGGCAGCAGAGGUGAUACCUUGCCAAAACGGAACGCGAAGGUCACAGAGCCGGGUCCUGCUCUGCCGGCCAGGGAAGGAGGGAUGUCCAGUGCAGCAGGGCCCCCCCAGCUCCCUGGGGAGGAAGGAGACCGCUCGCAGGAUGUCUGGCAGUGGAUGAUGGAGAGCGAGCGGCAGAACAAGUCGAAGCCCCAUAGUGCCCAAAGCCUAAGAAAGAGCUACCCGUUGGAGUCUGCCCGCGCGUCCCCAGGCGAACGGGUGAGCCGGCACCAUCUGUUGGGGGCCAGCGGACACCCCCGCUCGGUGGCCCGGGCUCAUCCAUUUACCCAGGACCCUGCAAUGCCUCCCCUCACCCCACCCAACACUUUGGCACAGCUGGAGGAAGCCUGCCGCAGGCUGGCAGAGGUGUCGAAGCCCCAGAAGCAGCGGUGCUGCGUGGCCAGUCAGCAGAGGGACAGGAACCACUCCGCCACUGGUCAGGCAGGAGCCACACCCUUCUCCAACCCAAGCCUGGCCCCAGAAGAUCACAAAGAGCCAAAGAAACUGGCAAGUGUCCACACACUCCAGGCCAGCGAGCUGGUUGUCACCUACUUUUUCUGUGGUGAAGAAAUUCCAUACAGGAGGAUGCUGAAGACUCAGAGCUUGACCCUGGGCCACUUCAAGGAGCAGCUCAGCAAGAAGGGAAAUUACAGGUAUUACUUCAAGAAGGCGAGUGACGAAUUCGCCUGUGGAGCCGUCUUUGAGGAGAUCUGGGACGACGAGACGGUGCUCCCCAUGUACGAAGGCAGGAUCCUGGGCAAAGUGGAGAGGAUCGACUGAGCCGAGGCCUCUGCGUGCGCACGAUGUGAGCGCCUCAGCGUGUACCUCAGAGGGCACCGCAGAGCCGAAGCCCAGAGACCUGUCUCGGGCCCGUGCAACAGCCAGGAAAUAUUUUGAAGGAAAAUGAAACCAAUUAAGAAGACAAAGCCUAGGAAGGGACUGGCCCCUGGGCCUUCAGGAGGGCGGGCGGGGGGCGGUUGAUUUUCAGUAUCCAGGAGCCGGGUACUGAGAUGAGAGAAGCCUGAACUAUUUAUUCAAAACAUGACCACUCUGGGCUAUAGAAGAUGCUGAGUGUGUUUGAGAGACUGACUGCCAUACAUAAUAGAUGGCUUCCUAGGGAUCUGAAAUUCAUAGACUAAGAGAAAACUGUGUAUAGCUUGCCCGAACAGGAGUCCUUACUGAUAUUUAUUGAACAGUCGAUUCCCCUACCCCACCCCACCCCCGACCCCUGACCCCCAGUUUAUGCUGCUUUAAACCUGGAAGUGGGAGAGAGAAGUUUGGAUUGCUGUCUACGCUUAGGAGCCGAGCUGGGAAAGCAUUAAUCCUUUCUUCGUGAACAGAGGAAUCUGCUCUGCAUGGCAUUUCUCCGGAGGAGUGAAGACAGGCUUCUUCUUUUUUGUUUUUUUAAAUGGUGCCCACCCCACCCAUCGACACAUGCAGAAAUGGGUCACCCCCACCCCCACCAUGCUGCUCUGCUUGUCACAGAAGUCCUGAGGGUUGGCUGUGACAGCAUCUUCACUUUGGGGACUGUCCAGAGUGGGGGGGAGUGGGGGAGCCUUCACCCCGGAGCCAUAGGCUACACCAUCCCGAGUCGCUUCCCCCUCACCGAGUCCCGGAGCCUGUCCUGUCCCUGCCCUUGUGGUUCAAGCCUCUGUCACCUUAGGAAGUGAGGGUUCCUCGUUCUCUUUUAAAAUCAGUCUCUAGACUGUGGCCAUCAGGAAUCUCCCUCGCCCACCUGACCCUGCGAGGACUCGGGCUCCUACUUAGCAGCACCUCUCCUCCGUUACCUUCCCUUGGUGCCCGCUCGCUCGCUCGCCUGCUCACUCGGGUUUGUGUUAAGUUAAUCUGUAUGUCCUGUCUGCCAGCGUUCCCUGUACUAUAGGCCCGUGUAUAGUGUAGGGCAGAGCGUUAACCCACUGGCUAGUGCUUGACUUGGGAAUCAGUACAGUACCUGUACAGGCACGGGGACCCGCUCCGUCCGUGCGCCGCCCUAUAUUGAGGGCUCAAGCUCUCCCUUGGUUUUUGAAAGGGGUUUAUGUAUAAAUAUAUUUUAUGCCUUUUUAUUACAAGUCUUGUUACUCAAUGACUUUUGUCAUGGCAUUUUUGUUCUACUUAGACUGUAAAUUAUGCAUUAUAAAGAGUUCAUUUAAAGAAAACUACUUGGUACAAUAAUUAUUGUAAUUAAGAGAUGUAGCCUUUAUUAAAAUUUUAUAUUUUUCAAAAU